AUGGCGGGGCAGGACCCCCGGCCCGACCACAGCAUCUGCACCAACAGCCUGGAGGAGAAGAGCCGGAAGGACGCUGGGGGGCUGAGAGUGUCCCUGGAGCUGGAGCAGUCCCUGGGCGCCAUUUUCUGGCCCUUUGGGCAGAUUUUGGACAUUUUGGUGCGGCGCAGUCUCCGCCUGCGGGGCCAGGCCUUCGUCCCCUCCGAGGAGAUGAGCAGCGGCACCAACGCCCCGCGCUCCCUGCAGGGCUUCCCCUUCCACGGCAGCCCACGGGAGACAGAGACUGGGGCACGGAUCCAGCACGCCCGGCCGGGCUCGGCCAGCGCGGCCGAGGGGAAGGGAACGUUGGUGGAGCGGGAGCGGGAGCGGGACAAGCGCGGAGCCAAGGGGGGAGAGGCCCCGGCCCCAAAGAGAGCGGGGCCGGAGCGCAGGGGCAGCGCAGGGGAGGGAGCUGUGGGAAAAGCCCCGAAGCACAUCCUGUUCCUGCCCCAGCUCCCUGAGGAGCCCGAGGAGCUGAUGCUCUCCGUGCUCUGCACCAGAGUUGCGCUGGUGCCCGGGCGCCGCGACAUCGCCUGGCUGCAGUUGGACACCGAGGUGCAGGCGGGCGCCGCCCGCGAGGCCCUGCAGGGCUCCAGCAUCACCCAGAGCAGCGCCAGGAAGAUCUCCUGCGCCAAAAGGUGA